CCUGUUCCCAGCAGAGCUGGUGAAACAUUCAUAACUUGUGUCGUGGAGAGUAGUUCGGUGUGAGCUGGACCUCAUCCUCGGGGAGCUAUGCAAACUGUCCUCUAUCUGUUCCCGCAGUUAAACCUCUCAGCUCCAAAGGAGGAGCCUUACAGGAUCAUCAAACCCCAGAACCAAGAGGGGAAAAUGGAGAAUAAGAACAGGAAUAAAGACAAGCGACAUCGAUUAAGCCUCCUUUUACAGAAAGCAGACUCGCGUGAAAUCUUAGUGCCAUUGCUCAGCAAACCUGAAAAAACCAAUACAUAUCUUGAUGAGCCUUCAAAAUGGGGUGAAUGUCUGGACAAACUUUUAGCACAUAAAACUGGCUUGGCUCUCUUCCAAGCUUUCCUACAAUCUGAGCACAGCGAGGAGAAUAUUGAAUUCUGGCUAGCUUGCGAAAACUACAGGAAAACCAAGUCACUCGCAAAGCUGUCUUCCAAGGCAAAGAAAAUCUAUUCUGAUUUCAUCAGCACAGACGCUCCAAAAGAGGUGAACAUUGAUUUCCAUACUAAAGAGGUGACAAAGAAAAACAUUACACGGCCAACUCUAUCUUGCUUUGACUUGGCCCAGAAGAAGGUGCACAGUCUGAUGGAGAAAGACUCUUAUCCCAGGUUCCUAAAGUCACAGCUCUACAGAGAUUUGCUUAAAGAGGCAGAGGCUCAGAGCAAUGGGCACAGACGGCGAUCUCAUUCCUUUACAUCAAUAGGUGUCCUUCAAACACAGGCAGACUUCACUGCUUGGCUUUAAAUGGACAGGAAACAUCCUUUCUGUGUUAGAGAUGGUGUCAGUGAUGAAAUUCCAGGAACAAUAAGUCUGGUUACUUUGUUACCUAAAAUGCUGAUCACCUGCAGCAACUUUUGUUCAUAUGUUGGACCAUUCCCAAGACAUUUUAAUGAAUCGUGAUUUUAUUUAAAUAAAUGCAUUGUUAAUUUAAUGAAGUUUGAGAUGGUACUUGUUUGUAAAUCUGUGUGUAAAUUAUUCUGGUUUUAAUGUGUUAACAUAUUUAAUAUUUGUAUAAUUACUUGGUUUUGUGAUUGUGUCCUUUAUUAGAACAAUGAAUAAA